AUGGGUGGGUUCGGCGACUUUACAGAUCUCUGCCGUACGGCGCCGAUGCCACUAUGCGCCUCGAUUGGGCCGAUAACGUCAGUCUCGAGUAACGUGGGUAUCGAGCCUAACUGCUAUGCCCGCAAUAUCGAAUUGGCGAACACGAUGAUUUUCGAGGGUGCUGCGAGCGCCAUGCACAUUGUUGCUCUGAUCAUGACGGUGAUAAUGGUGCUCCAUGUUCGAGGCAAAUUCACCGCUGUUGGCCGGAAGGAAAUUACGACUUUCUUCUACCUCUACAUGCUCCUCACCUUCAUUUCUCUCUGUGUCGAUGCUGGCGUUGUUCCUCAAGGCUCCGACGCGUAUCCGUAUUUUGUCGCGAUCCAAAACGGUCUCUCGUCGGCCGUCGUAACAUGUCUAUUGGUGAACGGGUUCGUGGGCUUCCAACUGUAUGAGGACGGCACGCCUCUCUCCGUCUGGCUUCUUCGGAUCUGCUCUUUCGUCGGCUUCGUCAUCAGCUUCCUCAUUUCGAUUGCUACCUUCAAGUCGUGGGCGGGUCUGUCGCCAACCAAUACUAUUGGGUUGUUCGUCGUUCUGUACCUGCUCAACGCGAUCCAACUCUUCGUCUACGUCGCCAUGCAGAUCUUCCUCGUCGUCAGGACUCUUCAAGAUCGCUGGCCGCUUGGUGACAUUGCUUUUGGCCUGUUCUUCUUUGUUGUUGGCCAGGUCCUCAUGUACGCUUUCAGCUCGAAGAUUUGCGUUGCGGUUAGCCACUAUGUUGACGGGCUUUUCUUCGCCACGACGUGCAACUUGUUGGCGGUCAUGAUGGUCUACAAGUACUGGGAUUCUAUCACCAAGGAAGACCUCGAGUUCUCUGUGGGAACCAGGAUGAACAACUGGGAAGUGAAGGAGCUCCUCCCCGAAGACGAGCGCCGAGCUACAGUAUACGCCGACGACCCGUAUGGUCAAUCCAGCGCCUACGACCACCCAUACUCGCCCACGCCGACGGCCCAACGAUUCUCUACAAAGUACUGA